CAAUCGCUGUGCUAUCAGUGCCCUGGUCGAAUGUUUUUGUUUGUUGUGUUUUUUUAUUUGUCGCGUUAAAAAGUGUUUUAAAGUGAAGUUUUAAGUGCAAUGGAGCUGCCGAAGGAGUUAUCCAUUGCGGAGAUCCGUAAUUACAUGUUGGCCAACGAGUGCAAGGUGACAAAUCACGCGUUGGUGAAGCACUUCAAGAAAUUCCUCACGCACCCGCAGUCGCAAAAUGAGGCUCGCAAGCGUUUCAAAACAUAUGUUACGCUGCUCUCCACGAUAAAAAACGAGAACAAUCAGAAGUUUCUAAUACUCCGCAAGAAAUAUGUGAACGAAUGUCCCACAGAGGAAGUUGUGGAGCGCGCGGUGGCCGCCGCAUCCAGUAAUCCGGAGCCCUCGAGUCCUGGAGGGGGAUCCCUGAACUUUGACUCUCCCAUGAGGCAGCCACCGCCUUAUAAGCCCCCGCCCAUGGUCACCUCCCCGCCAGGAGCUGUUUCCAUUAGCAAGGAGCACCAGGAGAACUACCAGGAAUGCGUGGAUGAAUUCGCAGCGGCCAUUAAGCGUAUUGAGCCGGCACGUCUGGAGAAGCAACCAUCGGUCAAGUCAGAAGAUCCGGAACAGGACAAGCAAUCCUCCCGAUCCAACUCAAUCGAUGUGACCGAAAACAAGGAGAACAUACCCCGGUUCUCCUUCUCCUCGGAGGCCUCCACCGACUCCAGCUCCAACGAAAAGCCGGAGAAGUCCGACGAUCCCAAAACCACCGCCGAGGGCGAUGCGGCCGAGAAUCCCAUCAGCGUGAAGGAGGCCACGCGCAAGUUCAACCGGAUGGCAUCCGAAGAAGAGGCUAAAAUCAUAUCGCCGCCAGCCAAGAAGAAGCCAGAGAAGCAAUUAAUCGAGGAGAAGGAUUCCCCCGAGGUUACGCUGGCGCAUCCCAAGGCGAAGGAGUGGAUCGUCUCGAUGGCUAAGGCUAAUUACCAGGAGCUGGCCAAGAUGGCCAGCGAGUACCCGGAACUGGUUAAGCUGCAGUGUCCAGCAACGGGCUAUACCGCCUUGCACUGGGCAGCCAAGCACGGAAAUGAAGAUGUGGUUAAACUAAUUGCCGGCACCUAUAAGGCAGAUGUAAAUGCCAGAACGAACGGGGGAUACACACCGCUUCACUUGGCAACCCAGUUUGGAAGAGAUAACAUAUUCGAAUUGCUCUGGAAUGUCUACAAGGCCAAUCGGGACAUCAUGGACUGGAGUGGCAACAAGCCGCUGGACUACAGUCGCCAGCGGUCGAGUGUGUCGGCCUCGACGUGCAGCAAAAUCAAGGCUCGCAAAAAGCAUGCAAUCGAAAAAGAUUUAGGCUUCCUGCGGAUUGGUUCGUUGAAUGUCCGGGUAAAGAAGACCACCGAGGCGUUCAGCAAUUUCUUGGGAGUGGGCAAUGGCAGUGGGGUGGCGCCGAUGGGCUAUGGCAGUGGCGGGGGAACGGGAGCAGCAAGUCGCCCUCACCAUCGGUCUCCCCGAGUCCCUCAUCAGCGUCAUCAUCACCACGUUGGUACGACACGGAAUCGCCAUCCGAAUCAGAGGGCAGCGAUGAGCACACCCUACGGAACGAACGGCGGCCUUCCGUCGAGGGCGAGUGUUCCCAAUAACCGGAACAUCUACGACGGAGUCCACAAGUCGUGGGGCUCGGCGGACAACAUAACCCAGCGCUCGGAGGACCUGAUGCCGCCGCCCAAGACGGUGGACUAUAUUAGCAAGCGGAAUAAGUCAUCGAAGCGGUCAUCUUACGCCUCGAAUGCCACCGAUUCGCCCCGUGAUUCCAUCUGCUCCUCGAACUCCAGUUCCAAUUUAAAUGGUGGAUAUAGUAGCAUGCCCACAACCCCGAAUCAAUUACGGGCUCCUAAAGGUAUCGCCACAUCCUUCGCCGCGGAUUCCGAUUCGGAUUCCGCCUGUGGAUUUGACUCCAGUUGGUCGGUAAAUUGUCGAGGCUCCUCGAGCAGCAAUCCAUCACAAUCCUGAAUACCAGAAUGGAUGUGUUAAGCCACAAACCUUAAAUGUCUGCAUACCAUACAACUUAUAACAUUGACCAUAUAAUAAUGAAAGUAUUGUUUUUCCAACAAACUAACGUAUUCCUAUUAAUAAGAAAAUAAUUUUUGAU